AUGACUGCUCCCGCUGCCACCCUUGAUAGCGAAGCCCAACCUCGCAUCCCUAUCCCCGACCGGUAUCUUUCUGCUUCCUCGCCAGAUUCGCCAAUACAGACGAUAGAGACCCCCCUCAAGUUUGAGAUACCCGAAGACUGUCGCACUUUCUCUCCAUUUGCCCGCUUGCCCCCCGAAAUACGCACCCAGAUAUGGCAAUGCACCCUGGACACCCCCGGCAUGCACUUUCUCAAGAUCGACACCGACUGGCACCCAUCUACAGGCAUCGGAAGAUGGUGGAUCAAAGAGUCGACCCUCCUCCAUAUGUCCUCGGAUGACGAUGAUGAAGAUGGUGAUCCCAUGGCCAUCGAGGUCAGAAGGGAAAGGCGGCCAACACACAAAGUAAACGGUACCCUGAAACCUCUCUACCCCACCUCACAAGCCGACAUCUCCUACUACACCAACUUGAACAAGCAACUCGCCAAGCUCUCCGUUACGUGCAACGAAGCUGCCGCUGUUGCCAAAAGCCUCGUGAAGCGACCAACCGCCUUUCGUUUGGAUAACGGCCGGCUCGUCAGUCUCAACUCCGCCUCAGAUGUUAUUUACCUAGACUACAUCCCUCCUGAUUUCUAUGAAGACAGCAUACGCUUUACCAGAGGUCUGAAUUGCUCAGGGCUGGACCAGAUCCGCAAGGUUGCCAUGAGAUACUGCCACAAAUGGCAUGACCGAAAAUCACCACUGCGGUGCCCCAAUUGCGGCCAGAUUCAUGAACUGCCCGUUAGACUGAGGUAUCCAAAGCACCUGUACCGGUUCUUGGCACAAUAUCUUCCCAACUUGGAAGAAUUCUACUUUGUUGACUAUCUGAUUCUCCGCAAGUCUCCUGGAAGUGAUACCGGAACCCAUACCGACACACCAGGCUCCUCCAACGGCCCAAGUGCACCAGCAUGCAAAACUUCCAGAUUCGAGGGCGGGAACAGAAGCUUCUUCGAGGUGGACGAGCCAAACUGGAAGAUAACCUCACACGUUCUUGACGUUAAAGCCUGGCUACAAGAACAGUUUGUCAAAUACGCAAAAUUGAGCAAGCUCAGCCAACACAAGAAUCCCGAACAGGUCAAAUUUGGCGUCCUUGCUUGCGAAUGGCGCGUCGAACCUCCUGCGACACCAAAGAAGGCAUCCGUGACGCCAGUUAAGAAGGGAAGAAACAAGAGAGCUCAUAGCGAGGAGCACUCUUUCUCAAGAGCUCGACAGAUAUCCCCACACCAGAGACCAGUUUCCCCCAUCGAAUACCUACCAUACGAAGCGACCAUUCAUUAUCCGUUCGUGUUUGAUGCCUGUGGUAGCAACAAAUACGAUUUCACCUUUUCAAUGUCUCUGUGA